UCGAAGUGGGUGGAGCGGAAAAACUGUAAACACCAACUGUGCUCUUCGGCUUGGCUUCUGACUUGACUCAUGAGAUGUUAGAUUAGGUAGGAGGUGUCACGUCAGGUGGUAGCUAAGAUCAACAAAAAUGUUCCGUUAGUGCAUAAAACUUGAAACGCAAGAUGCGAUGCUAUCUUCACGCAUUCCUCCUGUGCAUUGUUUUCACCUUCCUUUCACUGUUAUAUGUGUUCAAUCAACUAGCCUCCACACUGGAGGGCAGAGACGACUGGAACCUGAAAGAUCAGGGGAUACGCGACAGAAGCAGCCAUGACACCGGGCAUCUUCCCAGGAAAAGGCCGGGAUUGGCAGGCCUUCGAGACCUCGAAGGAUCUAACAGGUCUAAAUCAGUGUCAGUUUCUUACUGGAAUCCGUAUUGGAGACUGCCUGCUGAUGUUUGUGGAGUGAACUGCUUAUUGGAAUCAUCUUUUAGAGAGAGGCCAGGCUCUGCAGUCAAGGAAGAUAGCGAUGAGAGAAGUCACCUGGCUGUGGUGGCCUGUGGGCCCCGGCUAGAGGAGACACUCACCAUGUUAAAGUCUGCUGUUCUCUUCAGCAAAAAGCCUCUGCACUUUUACAUCUUUGCGGAGGAUGACCUGCAUGACAGCUUCAGACGUGCCCUGUUCUCCUGGCCCAGGAUAAUUCAGACCAAGUUUAACUUCACCAUCUAUCCCAUCAGUUUUCCCAAGGAGAAUGCUGAUGAGUGGAAGAAGCUCUUCAAACCUUGUGCCUCUCAGAGGCUCUUUCUGCCACUGAUCCUGAAGGAUGUGGAUUCUUUACUCUAUGUGGACACAGAUAUCCUUUUUCUGCAGCCGGUAGAGGACAUCUGGGACCUUCUUUCUCAUUUCAGUUCGAGCCAAUUAGCUGGUAUGGCACCCGAGCAUGAGGAGCCACGCAUCGGCUGGUACAACCGUUUUGCCCGCCACCCUUAUUAUGGAAAAACGGGUAUUAACUCAGGGGUCAUGCUCAUGAACAUGACACGCCUCAGGAAGAAAGUUUUUAAGAAUGACAUGACAACAGUUGCACUGCGGUGGGAGGAAAUUCUGAUGCCUCUUCUCCAGAAGUACAAACUCAAUAUCACCUGGGGUGACCAGGACCUUCUUAAUAUCAUAUUUCACCAUAACCCAGAAAGCCUUUAUGUGUUCCCCUGCCAGUGGAACUACCGUCCAGAUCACUGUAUCUAUGGCAGCAACUGUCAAGAGGCUGAACAUGAAGGUGUCUUCAUUCUCCAUGGAAACAGGGGAGUUUACCACGAUGACAAGCAGCCAGCUUUUCGAGCCGUCUACGAGGCAAUCCAAAAGUACUCGUUUGGUGAGAACAUGGAGACCUCACUGCUUCAGCCACUGGAAGCAUCGCUGCAGACCACCACAAAUAUGUACUGUGGAAGAGCCAGUCACCUGUUUACCAAGAAGUUAAAACAGAGCAUCAUGUCUGUUCAACAAGAUGCCUCACAGAGAAGAUGAUCAGGACAGCACUCUUAAUAUCAUUCUGUGAUUAGUGUCUGAUUAGUGAAUUGGAUUGGAGACACUCCUGUGUCAGACUCAUGUCAGCACUGAACCAUCAUCUGUUUACAAACUUCAUGUUAAGACUGGGGAAAUGGACAGUGUUAAUCUCUGGAGGAAGUUAGAUUUUUUUUUUUUUUUUAAGUGAAGCCAAUAUUUGUGUCCAGUGAACACCCAGUUGGGUCAGUUUCUCAAUGUGCUGGAAAUCAACAAUUUGCCAUGUAGAGAUUUUUGACUUCAUUACUGAUGAGACACUUAUUGUAGUCCCAACAAUCAGGCCGUUGUUUGUUUGUUUGUUUUGAAUUAUUUUUUUAUCUUGAAAGUUUCUGCAGUCACUUUGAACAAUAGUCUAAGGGCUUUGGGGGGAAAAAAGAAACGCGUUAUGGUACCUUACAAAGAGUGUUUUAUAAGAGUUGUUUUUAAUAUAAUUUUGCAUUUGUGCUUUGUGAUAGUGUUCUAGUCACUCCAUUAUGUCAUGGGAAAGGGUUGUCUUUAUUUUCAGGUACUUGUUCUUAAUUCUCUUCCUGUGUUUAAUGGAAUGAAACAAAUGAUAAUUAAGAAGAUUUUGAACUUAUCAGAUCUGAUCAGUAUUUAUUGUUGUGGGACAUAUGUGAAAGGAAGCACUUUUUAUAUUCCCCUUAAUAAUGUAACAUCUCAUAUGCUCUGUUAUAGGAGUUUUCAAAGCAUUGUUUUACUCAAUUUUCCUUUAACGGAAACAAUGUUGUGAGGAGCGCUUGGUUUUCAGUCACACCAGCCAUCAUGAAAUCCACUUCCUGACUACUUCUUCAAAAAGCCGCACUAUGGAAUUAAGAAAUCGAGGAUUGUAAUAACACAAAAUCAUAUCUGUGAUUUCAGUGUUUUACUGAAAAGCCAGCACAGACUUUCAAAUGUAUAUCAAAUGAUUGGAAAAAAAUAUUUUAUUAAAAAGCAUUUCUAAUGGUG